AUGGACGACCCCGGCUCGACAGUUCAGGCCAGCAUGUUCUUCCUGACGCCGGACGAAUUGCACAAGCAACAGCGGCCUUAUACGUUUAAAUUCCCACCCUACAAUGGCUGUCCUCAGAGCAACAUGACACAUGAAAAAAUCAACGGUAUUACCGUUGAGAAUAUGCGGGGACGGGAAGAUCAGUUUCAGCUGGAGCGCAAUGGCUUCACCAUUCUCAAGGUCAACACUGGCCUCGAGUACGACGAUUUUUUCAAGCAGAAAGGGGUUACACAGUACCUUCGCUUGAUGGAAGGAGUGCUGAAAGCUCGUCUUGGUGCUAACGGAACGGUGUAUGAGUAUGACCAGCCAACAACAGUGGCGCAUGUAGAUGAGAUACGGCGCCAGUACGGGAAAGAGGCAGAUGGCCUCCUGAAGAAGCGAUUCCAGUGGAUCAACUUCUGGAAGCCACUUCGAGGUCCCGUCAAUGACUGGCCUCUGGUUCUCUGCGAUUCAUCUUUGAUCGAUGUACGCAAGGACUUGGCGGUAGCGGACUUGCUUUACCCAGACCUUGCGACAGAAAAUCAAGUCAUGUACUACAGGGACGGGCUCAAGUGGUACUACUUGAGCGAUCACGAGCCUAGUGAGAUCAUCGUAUUCAAGCAGAUGGACUCGUUGAACUCAGCUUGCCCCGGUAGGUGGAUGAGUCAUAAAAUCAAAUGUCUGUACAUUUUCUGA